AUGUCAAAGGGUUUGGAUAAUACCUGUGUUUUCAUGGACACAGAGUCCGGGGAAUGGAGUUUAGGUUUGUGUUCAGAGAAGAGAUCAUUCAUUUGUAAGACAAGCGAAGUUCACUCAACACCCAAACACAAAGACCAUUACCAACACGUCUGUCCCGAGUUGACUGAAGAGCAAAGCUGGUCUAAUUUGGACAGCGAUUCAGAGUAUUGCUAUUUAUUUAGUUCAGACUUUGAGCCAAACCUACUAAAGACCACAUGGAGUGAAGCUUCGGAAAAGUGUCGAUCACUCAACUCAACACUUUUGUCACUCCAUUCCUAUCAUUUGAAUUCAAUGUUCAAAAUGAGAGAUAGGAUACGAGAUAAUACUUGGAUUGGUUUACAUGAGACUGAUCAUGGUUACUAUGAAUGGGACGACAAGUCUUCACUGGACUUCACUAAUUGGGAUAAAGAGGCAAACGUGUGUAUCAAUCAGGCCAUCGGACCUAAAGUGGACAUUAAAUCCACUGAAUUGACACCAAUGAUCACGAGUACUGAAUCAGAUGCACACGCGUUAGGUGUGGACGAUAGUGACUGGGAUACGGCAAAAGUGAUCAAAUUGUGUUUCAUAAUCAUAGGUGCGGUGAUUGGUGUUAGUAUUUGUGUGAACCUGUACUUUGUGUGGAAGAGGGGCACACUGAGGAACUGGAUGAAUAGGAAUCGUAAUAUGAAUUCUAUAGAACAAAACGGGAGCUCCAGUUCCGGAAGUUCUCAACAAAGCAUUGAUAGCUAUAGUGAAGCCAUGGAAAGGAGGCGACGAUUCAAUGAUGUACUCAACUCAAGUGAUCCUAACGUUGUCUUCAUCUCAGUUUGGCUCCAUUUCCUCAUCCAGUCCUGUCGAGAGGAUAAGGUAUGUGACGAUCAAUUAUCGCGGGCUGUCCUCCAGCAUCUCGUCACAGGCAUCGGUGUCGUCGCACUCGUAUUCUCGUCGGCUACCGGUCCUGUUAUGACUGUGAUCAGGAACUUCGCUUUCGUGUUAUAA